AUGAUUACGUCAUCUAGUUCUACUUCGUCAGGGUCGUCUAAGCUGCACCAACAUUCCUUGGCUGUAAAUCAUCGAAAGGGUAAUUUAACUACUCAUACUUUUAAAGGCGAUAUACAAGCUCUACAUGUAACAAAAAAGACGUAUAUCUGUAAGGUCUGCACAAAGGCAGAACACGCAGUACGCGAAUGUCCUAUUUUUAACAGUUUUAAGAACCCUGAAAGAAAAGAACGGGUAGAGAAACUCCAGCUAUGCUUUAACUGCUUGGGGUACAACCACAUAGCAUCAAGGUGUAGUAGCAAACGCAGUUGUAUAAAGUGUGAUGGCAGGCAUCACACCCUGCUACAUGUGGAGCCGACUCUGGAGUCGGUAUCGAAAGCAUCAAUGGAUACAGCAAUUAUCAAUCAUCGUUGCGCAACUGAUACACUACUUGCUAGGAAAGAAGUGGACUUAGAACAAGAUAUUCGAACGACUAAUAAAGUUGAAGUGGUGUUACCUACUGCUAUAGUCGCAAUUGAUACAUUCGAAGGGCAAUCGUUGACAUUUAGAGCAUUCUUGGACCAGGGGUCUGAGGCAUCAUUUGUCACCGAACACACGGUACAAGUACUGCGACUCCCACGAAAGCGAGCGCAUAUCAAUAUCAAAGGUUUAUCAGAAGCAAAGGUUGCUGAAGCGCGUUCCUAUGUAUUGCUCACAGUUCGUUCGCGGCGAGAUCCAUCAAUGGAAUAUAGGGUAUUAGCUUAUGUGUUGCCAAAGGUAAAUCACGUGAUGCCUAGCAAACGCAUAACGACAACAAUAUGGCCGUAUCUUAAAGGAUUGGACCUUGCAGAUCCUUCUUACUACGAGCCACAGCAAGUAGAUAUCCUGCUGGGAAGCGACAUCUAUGACGAGUGUAUCCUGAGCGACACUCGCCGUGGGCCAAAGGGUGCUCCAAUCGCACAGCUUACUACCUUUGGUUACAUCAUAUCCGGUAAGGUUCGAAACUCCGAACCUUCACCGAUCACGGUCUCAUCUUUGCAUAACUCGAUCGAAUUUGACACAGUAUUACGAAAGUUUUGGGAAUUGGAGGAGGUCCCCGAGGUUAAAUGUAGUUCGUCGACUGUUCAACGAAUGGAGAGUGGUAAAUAUAUUGUAAGAUCACCCUUAUUAUCCGAAAUUGAUGCUUCCAGCGUUAUCGGCACCUCGCGCCACAUGGCUUUAAAACGUUUCAUGCAUCUCGAAAAUCGACUUUCGCGGGAUCCAGAGUUGAGAAAGACCUACCCGGACACAAUUAGAGAAUAUCUCGCAUUAGGGAAAAUGAAACCAGUCAUCAGAUCAGAACAACAAAGUCAAUGUAUCUCAAAGGAAAAUGGUUCAUUCUCCACCUGUUUUUACCUACCGCAUCACCCGGUCUUAAAGGAAUCUUCGUCUACUACCAAAAUAAGAAUCGUUUUCGACGCAUCUGCCAAAACCAGCAAUGGAAAGUCGCUCAACAACAUUUUAGCAACUGGUCCAUCCCUACAAAGGAAUUUUUCAGCUGUCCUCACUAACUGGCGUUUUUUGAAGUUCGUAUUUACUACGGACAUCGAAAAAAUGUACUGUCGUAUCGACGUACAGGAAGAGGACGCCCAAUAUCAGCGAAUUCUGUGGCGUGAUAAUCCCGCGGAGGAAAUUAAAGAAUAUUUUUGUUCAGUGGUUAUGUUUGGCACAGCUUCUGCUCCUUUUACCGCUAUUCGAACUGUACAAAAAUUAGCAGACGAUGAAGGCUCAAACUAUCCUUUGGCGGUUGAUGUAAUCAAACAUCACAAGUACGCAGACGAUAUUUUGUCAGGAGGUCAUUCAAUUGAAGAAGCGUUAAACCGGCAAGAGCAUAUUAUCGGUAUGUUAAAGAGUGGCACCUUUAAGCUUCGUAAAUGGGCAAGUAACCAUCAUAUGCUUUUACAGGAUAUACCUGUCGCAUAUAGACAACUGGACAAUUUGUUGCAGCUUAAUGUCGGUAGCAAAAUAAAAACCUUGGGUCUUUGUUGGAACCCUAAGGAAGACGUUUUUAAAUAUCAAAUAAACUUUGAAAUUCUAGGCGAUGUACAUACGAAACGCAAAAUAUUGUCAACGAUUUCACGGUUAUUUGAUCCACUCGGGUGGUUGAAUCCAGCAAUUAUCUCCGCAAAAAUAAUUAAGCAAAGAUUGUGGUCACUAAAAAAUCAGUUGGAUAGCCCCGUACCCGACGAUAUCCAAAGAUCGUGGACCCAGUAUAUUGAUGAAUUACCAGCCAUUGAAGACAUAAGCAUUCCGCGAUUGGUGAAUAUAAGCAAUACGAUAAUAUCAAGUGAAAUUCACAUAUUUUGUGACGCCCUAAUGCACGCCCAUUCCGCAGCGGCAUACCUAAGAGUUUGUGAUGCGAACGGAAACUAUCACUCCACCUUGUUGAUGGCGAAAAGCAAGGUUGCACCUAUCAGACCUAAGCUCACCAUCCCUCGCGCUGAAUUAUGCGGAGCAGUGUUAGCGACAAAAAUUUUAAAAUUCGUUAACCAGGAGCUGCAAAUUUGCUUCAGUGACAAUAACAUAUUUUUUUGGACAGAUUCGAUGAUUGUCUUAGGAUGGAUUCAAGGAGAUCCACAUCGCUGGAAACUAUUCAUCGCCAAUCGCAUCAACAAAAUCUUAGAAGUAUCUAAGCCUCACAUUAUAUCCGCAGACAACCCAGUAGAUUGUUCGAGCAGAGGGCUACGUCCAUCAAAACUGGUGCCAAGUAAGCUUUGGUGGAGUGGCCCAGAAUGGCUGCAAUGGCAUUCAUCGAAAUGGCCAAUAUCCCGUAAAAAUUCUGAUCUCCCUUCAUCUGUAAAGAAAGAGCUGAAAUCUAUCACAGUAAACGCGUUCAAUAUUAACACACAGCAAGCGGCUGCAUUUAUAAAUAACUUUUCGUCUAUGACGCAACUAAUACGAGUCGUCGCCAAUUGUCGACGGUUUAUCAUCAAUUGCAGUAAGCCCAAAUCUAAGCGGCGCCUUGACAACUUGAGCGUAGAAGAAUUAGACACAAGCUUAUUCACGAUUACGCGAAUCAUCCAACAGGACGCUUUCCCAAGCGAAUGGAAUGCACUCUCUAUGAACGCUCCUUUACCCCAACGAAGCACGUUGCUACCGCUAAAUCCGUUUUUUGAUGAAGAAGUAAACUUGAUAAGG